AUGGCUCAUCUACAGCGACUAAGGGAACUUAUCGACAAUCUUCAGUACGAGAUAUCGAGGGCACAAACACAUCUUCAGAACAUUCUACAAAACUGCGACAGAAUUUUGACGGCACAUACUUCAUUAUCCCUCAUUAUCCGAUCUGUUGGACACGAUGUUGAGUUAUCGGACGUUAAUUUCCGAGCUGAUAGAGGGGAUGUGGAGAGGCUAACUCAAAUUAUAAUUGCAGCAAAUCAUGUUGAUAGAGAGUGCUCGAUUUGCACCGAGCCUUUUCAAGUGGGGGAAGAUGCCCGACAGAUGCCUUGUCAUGAAUCCCACAUAUUCCAUGCUCACUGCCUUCUUCGAUGGCUGGAAAGCAGUAACUCUUGUCCCAUCUGUAGAACUCGUAUUACUAAUGGAUAA